AUGUCUGGCCUCGGUAGCUCCCGCUGGUCCUCCAAGCCGACACCAAAGCCAUCUGGAGAUGAUGCGAAGACUCCGGAUGAGCCCAAACACGUCGCCGUCCCGUCUUUCGGAUUCACGAUGCCUAAGUUCAGGAAGAAGUCCGCUCCCGUCGUCUCAUCUUCAGUAGAGGCCAAGUUGGUCGAGACGAAGAAACCCGCGGCCAAGGUCGAUGCUUCUCCCUGUCAAGAACUUGUCAAGGUCGAGACGGAACGACCGCAGUCCAAGGUCUCCGCCGCCAUUCAGGCGACUCGAGACCAGAUGGCCAAGUUCGUGGGCCUACGUCGUCAAGAUCGCCCUUCCACGGCAAAUGCGACGAUUGGACAUGGUCCGAGCGCGUCGUACGGAGGAUAUAUCAGGAGAGGAUAG